AUGUUCUCCCGAACUGCUUUGCUCCUCUCUUGCAUGGCUAUUGCCGCCUCGGGCUUCAGUGUCCGUCCAUCCUCCAAGAACACCGUCCAAGAUGCUCAUGAGCAAUUGACCAAGAAGAUCCGCUGUUGGGAACCGAUCGAGGAGAACAUUGCUGGCAACCACUUCUCAGGAGAACACACACUGAGCGAACCGAUCUACGAGCUUUGCUCCUAUAUGCCAGACCCAAAGGAUUUCAACAAAGGAUACGUCAACGGUGUCGACAUGGAGAGUGACGACUACACCAACGUCCUGAACUUCUUCCAAAUCACGCAUCCCAGACUUGCCACGCUGAACGUCUGCCUCCAAGAAGCGUUCCAAUUCCGCGCUGCUGGACGCCCAUCGCAGACAUCGAUUCGUUGUCUGUGCAAGAGAGACGGCUGUAACUUGCCGAAAGGGUUCACCACGUUCCUCGACUUCAACAAGCUCCCAAUGCCUGAGACAUCGUUUUAA